CACAAUAUCUUUAUUUUAUUUUCACGUGGUGCUGAGGAUGGAACCCAGUGCCUCCCGCAUGCUAGAGACUCUUUUGCUGACAGUCCUGAAAUCAGCCGUGCUGAAGCGGGCUUUUCUGUGGAGAAAGGGGGUGCCACUUCAGGAUCAUAGGCAUGCGCCACCCCACCUGAUGGAGGAUUUCAGAUUUGAACCUGACUUCCAGGACCUUAGGAAGACACACACUCGAAGAAAGGAGAAAACCACACACCUUAUUCGACAGUUGAUCAAUUCGUUGGUAAUAGCUAAAUAUUUACUAUAUAUAACUCAGCAAUAAAAAAUAAAUCUAUUUCAAAAAUGGACAGAGGACUUGAAUAGAAAUUCCUCUGACAUUCGCAAGUGGCCAUAAGCACAAAGAAGAACGCUCAGCAGUGUCAUCAAAAUGCAGAUCAAACCAGAGCUGGGGAUUGAAACGCCAAGCAGGAGCUCCAUCCCUGAGCCACACCUCCAGCCCAGGGUCUGUUCUAGGACCUGCAGACACAGCCUCAACCGGACAGCCUCCCAGCCUGGCUCAGGUCCCCUGCGGUCACUCCUGGAGUUCCCAGCAUUCCACUUUACUGGGUCUCCCUGCCGGGUGUGGUGGUACGUACCUGAGAUUCCAGGAGGCUGAGCAAAAGGCAUCCCAGGAAAAUUGAGCUCCGUUAACAUGUCGCGGACUCGGCUUCUCCCUGCUGUAAGCUGGCAGAGGUGCCCUCCUGCCUGCCCGGCGGAGCUCCUAAGGCCCAGCCGCCCCCUUGCCCCACUGGCCCCAGGGAGCCCAGCGCAGCACCCCAGGCCUGGCACAAGGAGCCUCUCAGCAAACGUUGGUGGAUCAAAUAAAUGAGCCGUGUUGUCGCCUGCUUCUGGAACCAGAAUGAAAGGAAUCCAGUGAGUGCGUGCAAGGGCACGUGCCUGCGCAGACUGUGAUGUGUGACGUUGAAAUAAAGAGCAAAGUUGUGGAAGGAUAAAAAGGGUUUAUUCUUCUGUACUUUGUAAUCUCCCGAUUGCUUUGUAACAUUUCACAUUUCACCAGUAAGUUUUCCGAGAAAUGCAUGAUCAUGAAAUAAAUGAAUCAGAUUUUAAAAAGUAGUUCAAGGACAAGGUCUUAUAACUGCACACAUUCCUCAACAAACUUCCCAUUCAUUUAUAUCUGCGCGGAGGGGUUAUAAUCUGUUACUCUUAUUUCUAACUUGAUGCUCAAGUCAACUGAACUGGCCAGUGGGGGUCCUUUAAGCUGCCUCCUGAGUCCUUCCAGGUGUUCUCAUCUGUCUUUAUACAUUUUCCAAAUUUGUGUCCCCAAAAGAUAUUCCAGGUUCAUCUUGUCUCUUCCUUGUGCCCCAUCCCCACCCCAGCCCUCCGGAAUCAGCCAUUUUCCCAAAGAGUGGGGAUUUUUGAAAUUGGGUAGCUGACCCCUCACCUCCGAAUGACCCCCUCGGACUCUGAUUUCAAUGCGACGGGGCCCGCCAAUGGCAGAGGCGAUGCUCUAGCGGUUGCCAUGGAGAUCUCCGGGCCGCAGAACGGAAGAAGGCGGUGACGUCACUGCAGGAGCAAGUGCAGCGGCCGCGUCCUGGUCCUGGCCCCGCCCCAGGGCACUAAGGGCAACCUCUGGGCCAGCGGUAGGGGACCAGUCACCCUGCCUGCCAGACCCGCACCCAGGACGCGCUGGUGGCAGCAGCCCCAGGGAGAUCAGCCGUCACAAAUCUGCUGAGACUGUCAGGGCCUGGGGGACCUUCGGAGGCCACCACCAAUAAAGAGGCAUCUUCAGACCCUCCCUCGUGCGGCCUUGCGCGGGACCCGGGAGCCACGAAUCGGCUGGCAAACACCCACCUCGGCUGGCCUGGCACGCGUGAGUCCCCUCUCCGAGGGCUACGUCGUGCAGCCCUGCUCGCAGGGGCCGGGACGCCCUGCCUGAGCAUCCAGCUGGGUCUGUCUCCAGCCUCCGCCGGUGAGGCCCCAUUCCCAGGUAGGCUUGGGAAAGCGAUCGGGGCACCCUGGAUCAGUUUUUGGAUUCCCGAGGCAGCUCCAGCGCGCACCAGCGGGCAUACAGCUGCCUCAAGGAGUUGGGCAAGAUGCUGUUUGGUGUCAAGGACAUCGCACUGCUGGAGCACGGGUGCAAGGCCUUGGAGGUGGACAGUUACAAGUCCCUGAUGAUCCUGGGGAUUCCGGAGGACUGCAACCACGAGGAGUUUGAGGAGAUCAUACGGGUCCCUCUCAAGCCUCUGGGCAAAUUCGAAGUGGCUGGGAAAGCCUUUCUGGAGGAAGACAGGACCAAGGCAGCCAUCAUUAGACUGGCGGAGGAGCUCAACUACGCCGCGGUCCCCAGGGAGAUCAAGGGCAAGGGCGGGAUGUGGAGAGUGGUCUACAUGCCCCGGAAGCAGGACGUCGAAUUCCUGACCAAGCUGAACCUGUUCCUGCAGAGCGAGGGCCGAACGGUGGAAGAUGUGGCCCGAGUCCUGAGACAGGAACUGUGCCCGACAGCGACAGGUCCCAGAGAGCUGCCCGCCGUGAAGUGCUGCCUGCCUGUGCCUGGGGAGCACCCGGAGGCCGGGGCCACUGCCAGGGUGGAUGCGGUGCCACCUCCGAGCUCCCUGGAGAAGGAGAGCAAGGCUGGAGAGGGCAAGAGGAGCAAGAGGAAGCACAAGAAGAACCGUCGACGGCGCCACGCCUCCGACAAGAAGCUGUGAGCUGGCGUCGGGGGGCGGGGCACGUGGAGCAGCGUGGGAAAGUUCUGAGUGGUUGUGGGGGUGACGGGGGAGGGCGGGCAGAGCUGAGGAACCUUGGGGGUGUAGUGAGGGGGGUAGCCUGCGCCAAGGGACGGUGGUGGUUCCAAUGAGUGGGUGACUUCUGAGUAAGAACGAGUGUCAGAGGUGACAUCCCACUAGUGUGGAUGAACUAGGGGUUUUCAUCUAACUUUGGGUUCCAGCCGAGUGGGCGUGGCUAACAUCUGGUUGAAUGUGGGUCCUUCCUUCCUUCAUUCGCUCUGCAGAUAUUUAUGGACCUGCCGUGUCCUAGCUUUGUCCUUAAGAGCUGGGGGUACAGAAGAGCAUUAAAAAAUAAUAAUAAUCCCUGCCUUCAGGACACUCACUCGUCAGUGGGUAAAGACCUUAAUGAUCGUAUCACUUGGACACAUGGAGGGAGGGAGGUGGUCUGAGUAGCUGUAGGUGGGCUCCGUGCUCACAUCUGGUUGAGUCUGGAUACUUCACUCAUCGGCCCAUUCAUUCAUUAUUUCCUUUAACCAACAAGUAUUUCCUGAGCAUCUGCGGUGUGCUAGGCACUGGGGAAACAAUUCAGACCUAAACCUUGCCCUCGUGGCUCUCAUACCCAAUGUGAGUCGAUGCGGAGGGCAUCUGAGUCACCUGAAUACACGGAUUGAGCAGGGCGCUCAGCUUAUGGCGGCAUCUGCGCAUGAUUGUGCUGAGUUCCGGUGGGUAGUCACUUGAAAACCUAUGGGUGACAUUUGAGAGUCACCUGAGUGUGUGCGUGGGUUUGAGUGAGUGAGGGUAACUUGUGAGUGAGGAGGGGUCAUAAAGACCGGUAAACCACUUCUCACUACGCGGGGACAGCGCAGGACCAGCCGCGCAGUCGCAGUCGGAGCCACAGAGAAGCCGUGCGUCCCGACAGUUGCCAUGGAGACCGUAGCUGCCCCCAGGCUCCUGCUGGGGUUUGCAGGAAAUGGAGGGGACACACAGUGUUCUGGAUUUCAAGGUUUGCAGAAGGUCUUUUGCCAGACUUGAGAAAAAUCCAAGUACAGCCUGGAAGACUGUCAAGGUGACCCCUGCUCCGCCAUCAUCAGGGGCCAGGUGUUGCGCACGGCCCGCUGGUGAGGGACAAGGGACCUAGACUCCCUAUCUUUGCAUUCUUCUGGAAAUCCCGCCCUUGCAAAGUCUAGAGCGGUUUUCUGUCUUUCAAAGGGAUGACCCUUGAAUGUACCUCUGGCACGAACUUGUCCCGAGGGGGCCAUCUUGGUGAGCGGGCUCCCUGCUCACCACCACUGAGGAACUGUGCAUGACUCUCAAAAACUGUCGCUGUUCACGUUGUCUCCCUUGCAGAAGUGGUGAGACUGGGCGCUUCUGCCCUCAUUGGCCCUGGGAUGAAGAGUGGGUCUCCCCACGUUAAGUCCCAGAAGUCCUCCCGGGCGGGGGCGGGCGGUCGCUCCACUCUCUAAAGAAGGAAAGGCAAGACUUCCGGUAAAAGAGAAGAAAAACUAAGUAAGAGUCCACUUUGAAGAGUCAUUAAGAAACACCGAGUCCCCAAUCCCGUGAGCUGAGUACCCUGGGUGGUGAUGAAGGAGAAAAGGAAUCAGAUAAAAUGCAAUUGUGAGUGUCCAGUCCUCUCUCCUUCAGGGACCCCAGACUGAAUUUGCAAACCUCCAUCGGUUCAGGGAUCUGCAAAAGUUUGAAUGACUUUAUUUUCAAAAAUGUGAUUUACACACACACACACACACACACACACACACUCAUGCUUAGAUUCUUAUCCACUGGAGGCCCACAGUGUCUUAGGGGGGUGGGCAUCAGUCCUGGGUGGGACUCCAGCAUCCAUUCCCCUUUCUCAUUUUUUGGAAAGCUGUCCCCAACAACCCCUGAGCAGAGCCAAAAGGUGAAGGCUCUCUGUCUCCAACCUCACCCUAACAGCCAGACCCCUCAGGUCCUGUUAGGUCCCCCUGGUUCCCAGCAAGCUUCAAGAAACCUAAGGAAUUUUUAGAAUUUACUUGGUUGAUGUAACCAAACCCCAACCUUGAAGACUCUGAUUGCUGCCCAUUUCCCAAGAAUUGACCUCAGCGUCUUUGUGUGUGUGUGUGUGUGUGUGUGUGUGUGUGUGUGUGCACAACGGUGGGAUAAAGCUUUUCCUGCCAUCCUCACAUAUAUAUUUGAACUUCUGCCCAUCCAUGGUCAAGAAGUCUGUAGCUCCGUACUGAUCUUUUCAUCUCCUGUAAAUUCCCGCCCAGGGCACAUCCACUCGCAGGACGUUCUACCACUCUGCUUCUUGUUCCCUCACAGUCUGAACUUGGAUAAAGGCCACACAGGUCCCAGCAUGUUUGUUGCAUGCAGACCGUGCUCCCUUCAGGGCACAACUGUUGUUUAGGACAAUGUGACAUUUCUUAUCAUCAUUUUGCAGUCCUGAGACAGUGUUUGUGCUUCUCAUGGGUUUGGGUGUCUCCCAUCUAGCUUUUGUAUUUGUGAUUCACAACCUGAGUGUGUGUUGGUUUUGAUGCAUCAAAAUCACUUCCUUUCUGAGACUUUUCUGGACCCAUUGGAGAGUCUGACGGGGUUGCAAUGCACACCGUUAGAUCAAAAACCGUCAACCACCUUGAGUUACGUACCUGAGUCAAGGCCUCACUAGCACAGCAGAUUCCAAGCAGGAAUUCCCAAGUAGAUUGGACAGGCCGCAGCUGGCCUGUGUAAAGUCCCGAUUUCAAAGGUGGAUUUAGCUGAAACCCUUCAUCGCUUUUUGUGGUUGAUGUUCUAUUGUACAAAUAAGAAUUGACAAAAUAAAUGUAUGCUACUGAAA